AAUUUUGUACAUUUCGUUACAUGUUUGCAUGAAAAUGUCGCAGCAAUCACUCUCUUUGGUCUAUAACCGCAGGUGAGAUCCCGCCUCCUUCCUGCUGCCAUUUAACGAGAGCUAACGACGUGAGAACGAGAAGCUUCGCUUGUUACAAACACGGUAUAUUUGAGCUCCGGGGCUUCAAAAAUGUGUUCGAUUCGCGGGCUUCCAGCGCCAGGAUCAGAAGUGAAUGUUCUCAUUACGAGCGUAAACCUAAACCCCAGUGGUCUCGUGGAAUUAUGGGUCAGCGUGGAUGAUGGGAGGAAGCAUAUUUAUGAGCAGAUGAAAGAGGAAAUUCAGAUUCCUAAAAGGUUGUUUCAUGGAUCUGAAGGAAAACCCCAAGACCUUUGUUUGGUUUGCAUCAGUGACAUCUGGCACAGAGCUCGGAUUGUGUCCAUUCAAAGUGAGACUUAUAAUGUUUUCCUGAUUGACCAGGGACAGCCCCAUGUCGCUACAAGUGAAGCUCUAGCAUGGGCCCACAGUGACGAUGUCCUCCUCCCUCCUGAAAUUGAAUCUUGUAUACUUGCAAAUGUCAUCUCGCCUGAGAAUACUUGGCCAGAAGGAGCCACAACGUUUUUGAAUUGUUUGCCUGGCGAGAAGUUUGAAGGACUGGUACAACAUGUGCUGACAGACGGGAGAAUUCUCGUCGAUAUACCGUUUGUCUCUGUGUACCUGUGUGAGUGUGGUGUGAUGAAGAACAUUCCAGGGGAUGAGUUCAAAUGCCUCGUACAGAAAUGUCUAAAUCUACCCGUAGGAGAAGCUUCAGAGGCGUACAGUUUAACGCAAGAAGAGAAUUUGAAUGUCCACCACCAACAGCACAGGCAUGACCAAUACUUCUACCCAGAACUAGUAACUGGCAUACUGGAGAACGUUAUCGUGACGGAGGUAAUUGAUCCACAGAACAUCUACUGCAAACUCCUCAUUUUUUCCAAGGCAGUGAAAAUAUUAUCCGAACAGAUACACCAGCACUAUGAAGAGAAUUCAGACUUUGGAGAAGUUCAACCACAGACCCGUGGAGACGCAUGUGCUGCUCGAGACAUAAAGGGCAGAUGGCAUCGCUCAUUACUUAAGCAAAACAUUGUCACUGAGGACGAUGCUGUAGAGGUCUUGCUUGUGGAUGAGGGACGGACAGAGUUGGUUCCAGUCAGAGAUAUCAGACCACUGCAUGGAACAUUCCUGAGAAUGCCAGUUGUCACAUAUCACUGUUCUCUUGAUGGACUUGAGGGCAAUGGCACAGGUUGGACUCCAGCUGUGAAUGAUCACUUGAAGUCACUGCUUCUGCACGAGACCCUGGUGGCCAGGUUUGACCACCACAACGUACCUCAAGAUGUUUAUGAUGUCAUUCUCUAUGCAGAUAAUGCUGCAUGCAUUAACUCUUGUUUCUUAGGGAAGGAAAGAUCUGCUCCAUCACCUGAGACUGAACACGAAUCAAAUGUCCAGACGGAACCUGUUCCCUUAUCAUUGCUCAGUUUGAUUGAGGAGGAGAAAAGCAUAGACGUACAGAACAACGUCACUGUGAACGGUGAUGAUUUACAAGGCCAUGUCAACACCACAAUAGAUUGUGUACCCACUUCUGCCACAGAUGACAGUCAGUGCUUAGAACAUCAAGACCCUCUGAUACACAACAGUGCUCCUGUCCCCACAGGUUUCCCCUAUGAGUUGCUGAAUCCUUGUGACAAUGACACAUUUAAUGCAAGAACUAGUAUUAAUGUAAAUGUAUCGUGUAUUGAAAGUCCACUGAAGUUCUGGUGUCAAUCAGCAGACAAAGGGGACCCCCUUAGACGUCUAAUGGAAGACCUGCAAAACCACUAUGCAUCUGCUCACCCUCAGCCCCUUGUUGAGUCUGUCUGUGUAGCCCGUAAUCCAGACAAUGGCAUGUGGUACAGAGCGAAGAUGCUUACAAAUCAGCACUCCCCUGUUGUAGAUGUUAGAUUUAUAGACUACGGUCAAACUCGAACGGUCCCUCUGCACGACGUGCGUCCCAUUGAUCCAGUUUUCUUACGACUGAAUGCACAAGCUUUUCAGUGCUGCUUAUUCAAUCUGAAGAAUUCCUCUAAUCCCUCGUCGGUCACUUGGACACGUGCCGCAUUAGCAGAAUUUCAGAAAUUUGUGGAUUUAGGCGCCAACUCAGAGACUGGGUUGAGAUGCAUUGUAAAAUCUGUAACAUCUAAUGAAGAAGGUGUGCUGCUCAAUGUGGUCGACAUCGAAACUCCAACUGACAGUGCGUGCAGGAUUCUCACCCAGAAGUAUGAACAGACUGAGGCUCAGGUGCAAAGUCCCUCACAGGCCCCAUUAGACACUUAUAAUUACUCCACUUAUAAUAUCGAGGUGGGUGGAGAAGAAAAAGUAUAUGUAAUUUCAGCAGAAAGUGUUAAUCACUUCUAUUGCCAUUUAGCCAGGAAUUCAGAUGUGUUGCAUGAACUGGCAGAAAAUAUUAAACAACUAAUUGACCAUCAACAGUGCACCAAUCACCCAGUUGGGCUUAAUAGCAUUUGCUUUGCUCGAUACACAGAUAAUCAGUGGCACAGGGGGCAAAUCGUUGAAAUGUCACCAAAAUUUAAAGUGCACCUUGUGGAUUAUGGGGAAACACUUAGCGUGAAUGAAUCUGAUCUUCUGCCUGUUCCCUCUGAAGCAUGUUUGGCCAGGUCUGCUCCCGUGCUGGCUGUCCCACUUGGUUUGUUCGAUGUUCCAGAACCAGUGCCACCGGAGGUUAACCAGUGGUUUUCAGACUGCGCCACUAACAGUAGCUUAACCAUUUCAGUGGAAUCAAAGGGGACAAAAGGAAAGCUACUCGUUGAACUGUUUGAUGGAUCCGUUAAUGUAAAUAAGGAAGUCAGAAAGAUGAUAUCGAAGAUGACACAACACCAGAUAAACGGUUCUAUUCAGUGUAAAGACCAGCAUGUUCCUAACGGCCCAGAACAGGUCACUGUGCCAAAUGAAGACUGUUUCAUGAAAGACCAUAUGGAUGUAUCCGUAUCAAAGCAGUACCAAAGCAGUCGUGGAAUUUGUGCUGGAAAUGAGCACAACAUUAAUUCUAAUCUCGGUACACCACGGUCUGAGGAUGCAAAGACUUUGGAUAAUGGAGGACAACCAACCCAGGAUGUCAGUGACUCAGACAUAACACAACUCUCCCUUCCUCCUUGCCCAGAAGGAAAUGUGAAUAUCUGCACGUACAAGUGGCCAGCAAUGUCUCAAAAGAAGGCCGAGGAGGUCUAUGCUUCCUGCAUUGUUGAACCACAUUACUUUUGGUGUCAAUACAACAACACUGAAGACCUGAAUAUGGUGUCAUUGCUUGCACAAGAAACAGGACAAACACAGCGGGAUGUGAUGUCCCCUGAGACUCUUGCCGUUGGCAGCCCAUGCCUUGCUCUUUUCUCCAGUGACAAUCAGUGGUAUAGAGCGCAAGUAAUGGAGAAAAAGGACAGUAGUCUUCACGUUGUGUUUAUUGACUAUGGGAACGAGGCUGAUGUUGAAAUCAGGAAUGUGAAAUCACUGCCUCAGAAGCUUCUACAGAUUGUUCCUCAGGCCUUUUUGUGCUCUUUGAAUGGACUUGACGAGUCAAAGGGCUCAUGGGAUGAUCAAGUGUAUGAGGACUUCUAUAACCUACUGGUCGACAAACCACUGAGCAUGACGAUGGUCCUUGUGGAGGAGCAUUCAGGACUUAAAGUCCCAAAGUAUGUUGUGCAUAUUGAAUGUGAAGAGGUGGUCGUAAAUAAUGUAGUGCAGAAAUAUUGGAAACCUGUUGCCACAGAACAUGUUACAGCAGAAAGCCCUGAAAUGGAAAACUCACUCCAGGAUGGUCAAAUGGAUUCCAAUGGCCAAAAUCCUGUUUCCAUGGCAAAAGCAAAUGCUUUCAUGUACAAGAAACCAAAAAUGUCCAGUAACCAGACAGAGAAUGUAUAUGCCUCUUGCAUUGUUGAACCCAAGUUCUUCUGGUGUCAGUAUGCUAACACUGAGGACCUUGGCAUAUUAACAGUAAAUGCUCAAGAAGCAGGACGGACACAGCAGGACUCAAUGUUCCCUGAGACUCUUGGCAUUGGCAGUUCAUGCCUUGCCCUUUUUUCCCCGGACAAUCAAUGGUUUAGAGCUCAAGUAAUGGAGAGGAAUGAAAGUAGUCUUCAUGUUGUCUUUAUUGACUUUGGGAACGAGGCUGACGUUGACAUCAAGGAUGUGAGAUCGCUGCCUCAGAAUCUUCUGGAGGUGGUUCCUCAGGCUUUUCUGUGCUCUCUCAGUGGAUUUGAUGAGUCAAAGGGGUUCUGGGACGACCAAGUUUACGACGACUUCUAUAAUCUACUGGUUGAUAAACCACUGAGGGUGACCGUGUUCAACAUGGAGGAUCAUUCUGAGCUCAGAAUCCCUCAGUAUGUAGUCCAAAUUGAAUGUGAAAAUGUAGUUGUAAAUAACACGAUGCAGAAAUAUUGGAAAGAACAUGUAAUGGCGGGGACAGAAACCUCAGUCCAGGAUGGUCAAACAGAUACCAACCUGACAGACAUCAAUGUUUCCAUGGGAAAAGCAAAUGCGUUCAUGUUCAAGAAACCGAACGUGUCCAAAAACCAGACCGAGAAAGUAUAUCCCUCAUGCAUCGUGGAACCCAAAUUCUUCUGGUGUCAAUUUGCUAACACUGAGGAUCUCGGCAUUAUGUCAAUACUUGCCCAAGAAGCAGGACAGGCACAGCAGGACACAGUGUUCCCCGAGACUAUUGAUCCUGGCAAUCCAUGUCUGGCUCUUUUUACAAGUGACAAUCAGUGGUAUAGAGCUCAAGUAAUGGAGAGAAAUGACAGUGGUCUCCAUGUUGUGUUUAUGGACUAUGGGAACGAGGCUCAAAUUGACAUCAAGGAUGUGAGAUCGCUGCCUUCAAGUCUGCUGGAUAUGGCCCCUCAGGCUUUCCUGUGCUCUCUGAGGGGAUUUGACGAGUCAAAGGGCUCCUGGGACGACCAGGUUUACGAGGACUUCUACAACCUCCUGGUCGAUAAACCACUGAGCGUGACGGUGUCCAGCAUGGAGGAUCACUCGGAGCUCAAAAUUCCUCAGUUUGAAGUGGAAGUUGAGUGUGAAGGAGUGGCUGUGAACUCCUUGAUGAAGAAAUACUGGAAAGAACUGGAUACAAAUGACAUUGAAGCAGCGUGCCAGUGUGAACCAAAGACCGCAGAUGUUUAAAAUAAUGAAAACACCAGUAAAUGAAUGGUACGGGACACGUGAUCUGAUCUAAACCAUGUCUGGCCUGUUUGUUGUUUUGAUGUUUUAGUUUGAUUAAUUCAUUAAAUAUCUAAAUAUAUCUUGGAUGAAAUUACAUUUAUUUUUAAUUGCACAUUUCAACAAGCUCUU